UAAGUCCUCCUCAAUCAAAACCAAACGCGCUCUGAUAUCUUAUUCCAAUCACAGACCCCUCAUUUUCCUUUAUCUAUAUCAGUACUAUUAAGCCUGAGAUCAAUCAUGCAAUUCUGUUAUUACCCAUUUCAUCUCCACUAAAAAACUCUACGUACAAGGAAUCCACAAUUAUGGUGAAUGCAGUUGAACUGUAUUGAUAUUUAUAGUAAGAUUAUUUGAUUGUUGCGUCACAUAUGACACAGGAUUCUGUUUAUAACGUCAGGUUCAAUAAUUCUGGGCUCAAUAAAUAGCUACGUGUUCUUCGUUUCAUCCACAGAAGGAGAAGGUUUGAUAAGAAGUUACACUCUAGGAGAUGGAGGGAAUUGGCCAUAUGAUCAGGAAUGUACGCUCUAGGAAGAGCUCUGCUUGCAGUUUCUCAACUCAAAGAUGGGCUUGUGUGGAUGUUAACAAGAGCGUUUCUACUCCAGACAAUUAUAUAGAGAAGGAGAAAGGGAAGGAGAAAGGGAGAGGUGUGGAAGGUGGAGGUGGAGGAGCAUCAUGGUGGGUUCCACACCCUAAAACUGGUAUUUUUUAUCCAAAGGGACAGCGUAAGUGGAUAGAUGAUGUUGAAAAGGAUGAUAGUGUUCAAGAUGUAAACACAUAUUGGCUUCGAUCCUAUGAGGCUUAUGUUGAGAAGACACCUUAUGAUCAUUUAGAUAAUUGAACGUGGGUUUGAGUAGAUUCAAAACAUUUGUAUUUCUUUAAUCAUAAAAGAUAGUGCCAAUAGAUUGAUGAUGUCGAAAAGGAUGAUAGUAUUCAAGAUAUAAAUACAUAUUGGCCUCAACCUUAUGAGGCUUACAUUGAGAAGACACCUUCUU